AGUUGGCACGCGCCCCCGGUGACGUGAAGCGGAGCGCACGGACCAAACGUGUUUUAAACAGUCUGUUGUCCUGCUGCUGCUGCUGCUGCUGCUGAGCUCUUAUCUCUAUACUGCUUUUACAUGUCAACAUGUUUUUCCGUCACAGACGCAACUUUUGCCUCAGCUGAACCCGCCAUGUAGCGAGCCAGAGCGCGCUGAACGGAGCUCCGGAGGGAUAUUUUAACGGGAUUUUACGCGCGUCUUGCUGGUCCUGCGUGCGGGACUCGGUGACCUGCGGGUCGGACAGCAGACCACCAUGCUCCGGCCGUGGACUGCGCACUGGAUCACAGCUGUGCUCCUGUGGUGUCGGGCGGUGGCGCAGUACUCCAGCGACCAGUGCAGCUGGAGAGGAAGUGGUUUGAGUCACGAGUCUCAUCGCAGAGAUGUGGAGCAGAUCUACCUCCGCUGCUCUCAGGGCUCUCUGGAGUGGCUCUACCCCACAGGAGCCAUCAUCAUCAACCUGCGGCCAAACACAGAGCCCUCGUCAGGACACACGGCAGGUCUCCACGUGUGCAUCAAACCCCAAACUCACUCCCAGGGUUCUCAUGUGUACCUGGAGCAUAACGGGGAUCUGAGGAUGCUGCUGGCAGAGAAGGACCAGGCUCAGGGAACGGUGCACUGUUUCAGCCUGGCAGAGGGAGCUCUCUUUGUGGAGGCCGUCCCUCAGGAAGACAUCAGCCGGAGGAUCACAGCUUUCCAAUACGAGCUGGUGUCCAGUCAGGGGCCCGGGGCACACAUGUACCCAUACCUGCACCCUGGUUUAGUCUCCUGUAAACCCUGUACAGAUGAAGAGGUCCUUAUGGCUGUGUGUACCAGUGACUUUGCUGGCAGUGGCAUCUUUCGAGGCGUAGCAUCAGGUACGAACGACCACUUCCCUGUUGUGGUGACUCUGAGUCGGCUGUUCCGUCAGAAGAGCAGGGUGUUUGCUUGGAGUGGAGCCAGAGGGCGGGGCUGGAGUGGACGUAUCAACGCUCCCGCACGGUGCGUUGUGCAUCCCGGAGGGGAUGAGUACCUUUUGACUGGCUCUGUCCAUUUUGGCGAAGCCUGGCUCGGCUGCGCACCUCGCUACAAGGACUUCCUGAAGCUGUACGUCCGAGCACAGAAAGCAGGAACAAACCCCUGUGAAAUAGACACAGGCUGAGCGAUCUCUUCUGGGUAAAACAGGGUGGAGCGCUUUUCAGAAAAAGUCAGUGAGGAAGACGCAAAGAGGAACAAGCUGGAGGAUGGAGCGACAUUAUCUUUGAGCCUGUCAGAGAUAUGAGCAGGGUUACGGACCACGGGCCAUCAUUAAAGGCUACUUCUGCAGGCUCUUUUCAAUGCUGUGCAACUUAUUGACGCUUUGCAGUAGAAAAGACACCUGGGCAGUUUGGACAUUUUAAUAGCAAAUGUGCUGCCGAAACUACAAUGUCCCCAUUUGACUGUGUGUAAAUAUGUUUGUGCAUGAGUGAGACAGUGAAUGAAUGGAUGAAUGAUGAGCUUAAAUUAAUUUUGUGCCUAACUGGUAAAGGUUUUUAUAUUCUCAUGACGAUACUGCUUGUGUGAUCGUUCUCAAAAUGAUUGUUUGCUUUGUAAAAAGCUUUCUGUAAAAUUUAGGAGUCUUCUGACAGAAGUGUUCAGUAUGCAGCUCUGUGAGUCUUUAUGUACCAAGUGUGUUUUGAGAAUGAGUUCAGAGGGUCUAUAUAUUUACAGAAAAUAAAAAAGCCACCCUUCAGCUUGUCUUUCUGUGGAAAGGUACA